AUGCAAGUCGAAAAAUACGAUUACGCCGCACCUGCUGUAAAUGAAUCACGAUCAAUCAUAGAAGGUACAAAUCCAAAACUACGCGCAUAUAUGAACAGCAAAAAAUUUACACGACCGAAAACAUCGAAAGAAAUUAAAAAGCCAAUUAUGGUUUAUGAGCAAGAACAACAUCCGUUUGUGAAUCAGUCAUUCAUAAUAAAACGUCCUUUUACACCUUCUCGCGCUGCACCUCCGUUAACGAGAACAAGUAUCGAAACUGGCGAUAGAGAAGAAGCAGAAGUGGCUUUUACUGAGGAUCCUCUCGCCUACUUCAGUAAACACAAAGACGGAAGCGGUCAUAAAUUCAUUUAUCUCAACUAUUCAAAAGAUCCAUCAGAUCCUCAGUAUUCGCCAUACGAUUUAGAGAUCACAACAUAUGCUGAUUUGAAAGAUAACUACUGCAUCAUGUCGGCUGAUGGCAUACAAAUUGUUGGUUCUGAUGGCACAACAUUUUCUCAAUCUUUACAUCAAUGGGCAAGCGAGAAAUCACAUUUUAUAUCACUUCGAAAGCUUAAGUUCUUUUCAAUGUACUACAUAUGGAAGCCAUUUACGCUCUGGAAAGUCUACAUUAUGAAAAUGAGAUAUCAAGUUUUUACAAAAGCUAUUGCUACGAAGCCAAUUGUAUUGAAUACAGGAUUUGCUCAAACAACAAUGAAAAUUCUUGAGAUUUUUGUAGAUCAGCACAAAAAAUUAUAUUUAGACGAAGUUAUUAAAAGAUUUUUACUGAUUUUCAGAGCUCAAUCACAAUUUAUCAUUCCAAACUUUAAAUCCAAAACAGAAGAUAACUUUUCGACCUUAUCUGCGUUUUACAGAAAUUAUCAUCAAGAAAUUGUCAACAAAUUCUUAGAAUUCGACAACAAAGUACGUGAUCCAGCCAAAAUUAUCGUAAAAGAUUCCGAUAUCAAGACGUUUAAACGCAAAAAUCCAAAUCUUGGCCAAUUAAUGGUUCUUGAAAAAGAAAAAGCAGAAAAAAGAGUGAAAAGAACAAUAAAAGUCAACAACCAGAUUUUGUCUUAUGCAAAUUACUUAAGAUCCUUAGAUUAUAUGCUACUUGAAGAGCAAGCGCAAGCAAUACUUGGUUCAUGGAAACAAGCACAUGAAGUUUUUAAAACUAAAAAUUGUGCUUUGUUUCAAGCAGAGUUAAUUUUCACUGAUGAUGGACAAAUCUCUUUGGAACCAUCACUGCAAGAAUUAUUGGAUACGAUCAGCAAUGCUUUUUCUUCAGCUAUUUCUUUAGUAACUGGUUUUCCAAGGCUUAUAAUGGCUGUUGAACUUCGUCCACAUAUAAAACAAUCAAUUCCAAAUUUCAGAGAACUCAUUGAAAAUGGACCAAAUUUGUUGAAGAUUUUGGCUCCAUAUCCUGAAAUAAACGACAUUGAAGAGGAUUGUUUGAAUAUAAUGGAGAAGUCUUAUAAAGACGCUUUAGUUGCAAUUCAAGUCUUUAAAGAACUUUAUUCAAUUCAUAAAUUGGAUGAAACUUUUCACAUUGAAGAUUAUAUUAAAUCAAAAACUAACAAGCCAGCAAAACCAUUAAAUUAUCAAUUAACAGAUAAUGGAAAUCAAGAACUAGAUAUUGAUUUUGAUGUCGAACCAUACAUGGACAUCAAAACAAUGAGAAAAUUCGCAGAACAAUUCAUGGACUACGAGAAAAGAAUUGCAAAAUUAGUUCCUAUUGCCACAGGAACAUUAUUUGUAGAAUCAAGAACCCUCAAAAGAAGAUUGGAACCAAUUCCUCAAGCGAAAUUCAACAUCGUUUUCGAAACUCUCAAAAAAUUACUUGACGGAAAAAGUGACAGAAUAUACACGAUGUUAUCAUCAUAUCAAUUGAAGUUGCAAGUCCAACCAUCGACAUUAGAGACUUAUGUUCAAUUGUGCACAACAAUUGAUAAAGUAAAUAAAUUCUUAGGAAAGAUACAAGAAGAAAUUGAAUAUACAAAUGAAUUAUAUCAUAUUUUUGUUCAAUAUGGUGUUCAUUUAGAUGCAUCAAAGUCAUCUGGAUUUUCUUUGCAACAGAUUUAUUCCAAUUUCACAAAAGUUCUUGAAGCAAGUGCUACAAUGAGAAGAAAUAACAGACAAUCAUUCAUUUCAGAGUUGAUUCCUCAAGCAACAAACAUCGAAGAGAAAAUUGCAACAUACAUUGAUAUGGCAUCAAAAAUUCCGAUUUCUAUUGAACUUUGCAAUAUCGAAGUUCUCAAGAAAACUCUUGCAAAUAUCCAAGAAAAGAUCAACAAACUCAAACCAAAAGUUCAAAAAUUCUCUCUAUAUCAAGAUGUUUUGAACACAAAAACAACAAAUUUCGAGAGUUUAGGAAAAUUAAUUAAGAUCAUGUCAUUCGUAACUAAAUUGUAUGAUUGUGUUGAGAGAUGGACAAAAGUUGAUCAAUCAUCAAUUCGUAAUGUGUUUUGGUUAGUUGAUAUCGAUGCUUUGAGUAAUGAAAUCAUCGAAAUUGAAAACAUUUGUCGUGAUUUAAUUUACGAACAACCAUUCCAAACAACAUUACUUGAUGAAAUCACAUCGAAACUCAAGACCAUUUCACCUUAUCUCACUCAACUCAAACUGUUAUCAGCUCAUGAAAUGUUGCCACGCCAUUGGGCAAAGUUGUUCGAAGAAUGUAAGUUGCCAAACAUAUACAAGACAGAUAUGAGAUUGGAUGAAUUGUUGGCAAGUGGAGUUAUGGAUUACGCGAACAAAAUUGAUGAGAUUACGGAUAUCGCACAGAGAGAAGAGAAAGUCGAAGCAGAAUUCAAUGGUAUCCUCAAGGGAUGGAAUGCUGUUCAGUUGCCUGUUGUUUCAGGUCAACAGAAAGUUGAAGAUAACAUUUUGUUGACGGAUACUUCAGAAUUGAUUACAAAAAUCGAUGAUUCUAUCAUUUCUUUGGAAGCAAUGCUUUCUUUACCUUUCGCACAUGGGGUUGAAGAACAAGUUUCUCUUCUAUUGAAGCAGCUUAAUGAUUGCUCGAAUAUCUUAAACAUUUGGUCAAGUUUCCAAGCAAAUUGGGUUUUCUUGAGAUCACUUUUCAACAAUGAAAAUGGAAAAUCAAUUCCUUCUCAACUAACUUCCCAGUUUUCGAAUGUUAGAAGGAAAUGGUCAAGCUGUGUUGCACAUAUCCACAAAGACUUUUCAUUAAUCAAUGCUUGUUCAUACCCUAAUUUGUAUCAAAUCAUUUAUGACUGCAAUAACUCUCUUGUUAGUAUUUUAUCGAAUCUCAAAACUUAUGCAGAUUCCAAAUGCACAUUCUUCCCACGUUUAUUCCUUAUGGGAACAAACGACAUUGUUACAUUAUCUGCUCUUAAUGAUAUCAAUUCUGUAAAGUUCAUUGCUGCGAGAUUGUUCAUGAAGUGCUCGAAUUUGAUUUGUCCAGAAACUGGUUUGACAAGAAUCAAAAUCAAAGGAAUUCAAGGAAAUGAUGGACACAUUCUGCAUUUUAUCAAGCAUGUCCAAGUUCAAGGACAAAUUGAAUCCUGGCUUCAGCAUGUUGUUGAAAGCAUGAAUCAAGCAUUGAUUGAGAAUGUCGCAACAAGUUACGCAAGAGUUGCACAACUGAGAUUAUCUGAUUGGAUUUUCCAAUAUCCAAAACAUGUUGUAAUGUUGGUUCUUUGUGCAAGUUUCACAAUGGAAGUUGAAUAUUGCUUCUCAUCAGACAAUGUUCAGAAAGCAAUUACUACAUUAAAGGACUCAAUUAACAACAAGAAAGUUGAUUUAAUCAACAUUUUCGAGAUGAAAACAGAUUAUUUCUCAAGAGGAAUGAUAUCAAUGGUUAUCAUCAUUCUUUCAAAUCAAAUCUCUAUCCUUUCUGAUAUGGAGAAAACGAAUGUUCCUGAUGUUUUGUGGGCUUCUUAUCCCAACUAUAAGUUUAGCGUCAGCGAGAAAACAUUUAUCAUUACAUAUAAUGGUAAAACAAUUCCAUUUGAGAAUGAAUAUUGGGGUGAUGUUCGUCCUUUCAUUCGAACCCAAGCAACAGAAAAAGUUUACAACUCAAUAUUCAUGUGUGAAUGUCCAUUAUUAGUUGGAUCAAGUUCAACAGGUCGUAAAACAAUUGUUGAACAUGCUGCGGCAUUAUUAGGCAAAAUUGUUGUUGAUUGUCCUGCAUUAAGUUCUCUUUCCAUCUACCAAUUAAGACAAUUGUUGUUAGGAACUGUUGUUACUGGUGCUUGGUGCUUGUUCAAAGAAGUAAAUUCCUUCUCUAUUCCUUCUUUGAAUAUCAUUACUGAUUUCAUACAAUUGUACAUGGCAUCAAAUGCUUUAGGAAUCAAUUCAAUGACUUACGAAGGUUUCAACAAAGGAAUUAUUCCAACAUCAAAAUUCAUUUUCUUUGAUGAAGGAAACACUGCUGAAAUUCCAAAUGUUUUGAGAAACUCUUUGUUCAAAGUUGCUUUGAUUAAUCCUGAUUUACAAGCAGUAAUAGAAAUCAAGCUUUCUGCAUCAGGAUUCAAGUUUGCUGAUACAUGUGCUGUUAAAUUGGCAUCAACAAUCAAUGCUAUUUCAGGCAUAAUGAAAUUGAAUCUCAAAACAUCUGCUUCACUUGCAAAUGCUAUGAGAAUCAUCAAAAUGUCAAUAACAAUCAAAGAUGAAAUGAGAGAAUCGACACAAUCAUUCCUGACUGCAAGUGAAAGAGCAUUUGAAGAAUUCAUUGUUGCUAAAGCAUGUUAUUGGUUAUACCAAGGAAUUAUCGAUGAACCAAUCCAUGAUUUAUUGAUGAGAUUAAUGUUCGAUGGAUUCAGAACUCAUGAUACUUUAGAGGCAUUCAGUAAGAACAUUGUUUUGCCUGUAAUUGAUAAUCCAGCACACAUCGAUCAAUUAAUUAUGAAGAGAACAAUGGCAAUUACAAACGGACCACAAGAACUCAAAGAUUAUUUGGCGGACAAGGCUUUGAUGCUUCAUAAGAUCUUGAAGCACAACAGAUGCGUUAUUAUCUACGGACCAAUUAAAUCCGGAAAAUCUUUGUUAGUCAGAACUUUGUUAAAAGUUUAUGAUGAUUUGUUGAAUGGUAAUGGAAUUGAUGAAAAAGUUCCAACAGCUCCACAGUUUUCACCAGAAUUUAUCUUCCCAACUAUUUUACCUUACGAUUCAACAUAUGGAUACGUCAAGAACGAAGGAACAUCUGAAGAACAAUGGAUUUAUGGUUAUAUGAAUCAAUUGUUUAACACAAUGAAUUUAUAUAACACAGACAAACAGAAAUUGUUGGUUUUCGAUGGAAUUUUGAACACAAAGUUCAAUGAGUUUUUGAUUGAAAUCGCAUCACAACAUACAGCUCAUACUCAAUCAUUAGAUACUGUUGAUACAUCAGAUAGAAGUCGAAUCAUUGUAAUUACAGAGUCAUUGAAUAACAUCACACCUUCAAUGAUUUCUUGCUGUACUUUGUUACACAUGAAUAGACUCAAUGAAUUUGAUGAAGGAGCUGUGUGUGAAUUACAAUUCCCUGCUUUGGUUAAUUACAAUAUAUUCCCAAGCAACUACAGAAAUGAAGUUGGUCCAGCAUUCGAAGAAUACAUUGCCAAAACAAUGGAUCAUUGUCUCAAAUUACCUGAUAUUUCUUUCAACAAAUACAUCCCGAAUCCGAAAUUGUAUCAUUUCGUGAUGCAGAAUUUGUUCCCUCAAACAAUCUGCAGGUACAUCAAAGCAUUGUUAGAUAAUGAUCAAAUUGAAUUAUCACCAAAUGGCAUCAAAUCAGCUUUUGUCAUUGCAGUUGAAAGAUUUUUCGAUGGAAUUCUUAUUGAUAUUGCAAUGUCACAGUUACAUUCAUGGUUGUAUGGAACAUUUGGUGUUGUAGUAGAUACAAAUUGGCAGAGGCAAGAAGUAUCAGAAGAAUUCAGGAAAUACUAUCCUAAACCUUUAUUUGCUGUUUUUGUUCCAUUCAGGAAGCACAACCACAUCAUUGAUCAGUCAGAUUUAGUUUAUUUGGAAACUAAAGAAAUCCAUGAACCACGAAAUGUUGUUAUUCCUACAGGCGACACGAUUGUUAAUAAUGAUACACUUAACUUCUUGAUCAAUAAUAAAAACGAUGUUGCUAUUAUCGGAGAAAGUUCGAAUACAUUAGUCAAGUACUUCUCCAAACAAAGAACAGAUUUAAGUGUAUACAUUUACAACGUUGACAUCAAUACAACAUCGAAUUCAUUGUUAGGAACAAUCAAAAUCCAUUCAGAACUUUCAAUGAGAAGAACAACUAAAACGAAACCUUCUGUCAUCAUCAUCGAAGAUAUUGAUCAAGGAUCAGAACAAGUUCAAGAAUUGGUAAGAUAUUUGGUUUACAAGAGAUUAAUUCCUCUUAAACCUUCAGCUUCAAGAUCUCUUGUAAAACCAAUUGAUCUUAAGCAAACCCAAUUCAUCAUCACAGCCAAGAACAUCGUGUCAAUUUCACAGAGAUUAAUCACUAAGUUCUGUGUUAUUUUCUCGAAACCAAUUUCAAGAGACAUCACAUUCUUACUUGCAGAAAAGAUCUUCACGAGAUGCCAAGUUAAUCAACCAUUUAUCAAGAAGAUGAUCAAAAUGUUCCAAGAUUUCUUACAAGAUUGUCCAGAAGCUCCGUUUUCAUUUAGAGAACUCUUGAAUUGGACCUAUUCCGUUUGUAUUUUGAAUGUUCGACAAAGUGAGACACAAACAGAUGAAAUCCAUUUAAUUGCAGCAUUGUACCAAGAUUUGAUUUUGUAUUUACCACAAUACAAGAAAAGUAUUACAACUAAUUUCAUCAAGAAUUUCAAGAACUUCAACAAAGAACACAACAUUAAUAUCCAAAAUCAUAUCACAAGUGUUAUUUACACUAUUCCCGAUGCAGGUGUUCCAUAUUCAUCUGUUGAAUACUCAACAACUAAGCAGUUAAUUGAUGAAACAAUUGAUUACAUUGCUCAAUUCAAUGCUGCUUCAUAUGAAAAAGUUCCAAUUUUUGUUUCAACGAAUUUAGUUUAUAUAAUGAACCAAAUCAAGCGAGUUCUUUUAUUCCCAGGCGGCAGCUGUGUAUUGAUUGGAAAACCUGGCUCAGGACGAUACAGUUUAUUGAGAAUUGUUACAAACAUGUGUAAAUAUGACAUCAUCCAAAUUAAUGACAGUGCUUACAGACCAACAAUGAAAGAGAUCAUUAAUACUGUUGUUACAUAUCAUAAAUCAUUUGUUUUGUACUUGAGAUCUAAUGAAUUAGAAGUUCCCGAAAACAUCAAAUCAUUGAUUACAUUUGCCAAAACAAGAGAUUUCUCUGUUUUCUUUGACGAAAAAGAAUUACAAGAAGUUUAUCACAAUGCAAGUAAUUCAUGCAAGAUGGUCACAGCUAAGAAGACAACAAUCAGAGAUAUGAUUGUUCGAACUCUUUCCAGUAACCUGCAUAUUGUUAUUUCAAGAAAUGACAAAUCACAAGAUAUCAAUUGGCAAGAUGCAGUCAAAAUCACAUUGCCACCAGUUUCUGAAGAUGAUUUACUUGAGAUCACAACUAAAUACAUUCUCACUGAUAACAAUAAAGUUAUCUUUGGUUCAUUCGGUUCAUUAUUCCCUAAGUUCUUCAGAUCUUUGCAUAGUAUUGUUUUGGAAUUAGAUCCAAACAUUUCUCCAAAUUCAUAUUUCGAUUUGUUGCGAACAUUUAAUGACCAAUUGAUCAUGCGAUACAACGAAACAAUCAGUACAAUGAAUGCUAAAACCAAAGCUCUUAACUUCAUUUCAACAGUUAAUGAUGAGAUCAACAGAACGACAAGGAAAUUGGAUGAUUUGAGAACUCCUCUUGAAAAUGCAAGAUUAGAAUCUGAAUCAUCAUUACGAUCAUAUCAAUACAAGAUGGAUGCAAUCCAAUCAAUGGAUGUCAAGUUCAAUUCACAGAAGAAAGUUAAAGAAGAUGCAUUGAACGAACUCAAGAAACAGUCUAAUCUUGAUAAAGAAGAAGUUCAAAGUUGUCAACGACGAAUUUUGGAAACACAGAAGCAAAUCGAUAAAAUGACACAAAACGAUGUUGAAACGAUAAGAAUUGGUGCAUUAAAUCCAACAAACGCUUUCAUGCGAACAAUUGAAAUACUUUGUAUGUACAAAGGAUAUCAUUUCUCAUACGAAGUUGGUGGAGUCAAACUUUUACAAGAAGAAAAAUUGUUGGAUAUUUUACAUUCGCCAAUUGCAUAUGAAAACAUCGAUUCAAGAAUCACAUCCCGUGCAUAUGAAGUCUUCAAUGAUGAAACAUUCACAAGAAAAGAUGUCGAAGAUAUUUCUCCACCUGUUUUAUUGAUUUAUGAUUGGUUGUUUGCAAUUGUUCAAUUCUCAAGAGCUCAAUCAGCUUAUGCAAACACUUAUCAAAGUUAUAUCAACUUCCAGAGAACAUAUGAUGAGUUUAUUGCCGAUCUCAAAGCUCAAGAACAGUCAAUACAACACAUCAGACAGACAAUUGAUGAUGAUAAAGCUUAUUUGACUGAUGCAAGCCAGAAAUUCAAGAAUUUAGAACAAGCAUAUAAUCUUGAAUUAGAUCGCAAGACUAAAUGCGAAUACAUUGUUAAUAACAUCGAUCAAAUUGUUAAGAAAUGGAGAGAAGAUAUUCAGUUUGUCACAAAUGUUAGUAAGACUACAAUCAUCAUUACAUUGUUGUAUUCAUUUUACAUCAGUUACUGUGGUCAGUUCGAAAUGAAAGUUCGAAAAGGAUUGAUUGCCAAAGUUGCAAACGAAAUUUGCCGAUUCCGAUUAACAGAUAACAUCAUGGAACCAAUGUCAAUUAUCAAAGAUAUGUUGAUGAAAGAUGUUGGCAUUGAUCGAGCUUCUAAAGGAACUUCAUAUAAGAUGAACACGAGUAAAGUGCAUUCAUUAGUUUCACCACGAAUUCCAUUGAUUAUGGAUUGCAAUGGAUUAUUCAUUAAAGAUCUCUGCGAUUCAUACAAAUCUCCUGUUAACGUUGCAAGUCUGCACAAUAGUGAUAUUGGACAAACAAUCAUUGAUAACUUAGAAUCAGGAAAAGUAUUGAUUAUUACUGAUGUUUGUGAAUUGACAGUUACAUUACAAAAAAUUAUGUCCAUUUACAUCAUGCGAAAUGAUGAAAAUGUUUCUAAGUCAAUACAAAUCAACAACCGAACAGUUAAAUGGAAUUCAGGCUUUAGAUUGAUUCUAGCUACAAAUUAUAAAGCUAUUCCAGCAAUUCCUGCAGAACUCCAAUGCAGAACAACGAUCAUUAAUUGCAAAGAAGAACUUGAAUUCACAAUGCAACAAAUUAUCUUGUCCAAAUUCAUUGGUUCAUAUGAUUCUAUGAGUCUCAAAGACUUCUCGGAAUCAUUAGUUCCAUUGACAUCAUUGCGAUCCUCAGAAGCUGACGAAGAAAGUUUGGCAUUGACAUUAACCGAUCUUGGUGAAUUUGCUAAGAACAGUGGCUUAGGAUUUGCAAUCAAUCACGAACUCAAAGAGAAAGCAGAUCAAUUAAAGACUCGUUUGAAUGACAUUGAAUCAGCAUAUAACAAAGCAAUUGAACUUAAAGAGAAAGUCAAUCUUUUCUCCGAGAAAUACCGACCGAUGGUUAAUUAUGUUUCUAUAUUCUGGAAAGCUUUAGUUUAUUCAGUUGAAAGUUUAGGCGAAUCUUUCCAUAUUCCAUUUAAUUCAUUCAUUGGCGUUUUGCAACAAGUCCUUAAACAUCCAACAGUUACUAAUGACAAACUAACAGAUGAAAUCACCACAACAUUAACUGAUCUGUUCUCUAAAGCUGUUGUCCAAUGGAUAUCACCAAUGUUGUCAGUCAAACACUCAUAUGUUUACAUGUUUUAUGUUACAAUUUUCUUCUCUAUCUUUGAAGGAAAAUUAACAAAUGAUUCACUUGGCAUAUUAGCAACAAGAAUCAAAGAAGUCAACAGUCGCUCAUACAAUGGUGUUGUCAAUGAUUUACUUGGUGAUCCUGUUUCUUUGAUCAUCAGUUCAGCAGAAUCAACAAGUAUUUAUGCAUUACUUUCGAGAACAGUUUCAUCUAGAUUUGGUUUAGAUUUCAUGAAUUCUGUUCAACCAUUCCAACCGGACAGUGUCAUGAUGCAAGCUCCAGGCACUCCAUGUAUUAUCAUCACUCCUCCAGGCGAUGAUCCAGUGAUGCCUGUUAUGAACAACAUCUCAACACGAUCACGAAAUGAUAUGAUCGAGAACUUGACAAUUUGUUCAAAUUCAAACAUUUUGAAGCGUGCUAAGAAGAUCCUUCAAGUUGCAAUGUCAAGAGGUAAUAGAAUUAUGUUGCAUUGUGCAGAUGAUUCACAUGAAGUCACAUCAUUCAUUGCUGAUACAUGUAACAUUAUGAAUGCAACAACAGUUAAUUCUAAUUUCCGAUUAAUCAUUGUUGCAUCUACAUCAAGUACAAUUCCAAACUUUGUUUUGUCUAUGUCAAAGAGAUUAUUCUAUUCAAACGAGAUUUCAUGGCGUCAAACUAUGCAUUUGAUGUUCACAUCUCUCGCAGCGACACUCAAGUAUUACAACACAAACAACUCAUUCAAGAAAUUGACAUAUUCGGUUUCUCUUUGUUUGUCAUUAUUAAAACAGCGCGAAUUGAUGUUCCCUGCUGCAUUCGAAGACAAAUUAGAUUUCACAGAUAACACAUUUAACUCAUUCUUCAAUCGAGUUAAAUCAUUUAUUGAUCCAAGUUUACCAAUUCCAGUUUUCAUUCUCCGAGAUAUUUUGUCAACAAAUAUGUUGGCAACAGGAACAUCAUCCAUCCUGGAUGCAAGGAAGAUUAAAACAUUAGUUUCUCGUGCAAUUAAUCAAACAUUGAUUGCAGAGAAUUUCACAUUAAGUGACAAAGAAGAUAAUCCAGACAAAAACCUUGAAAUUCCGAAUGAAAUCAAAGUUUCACAAAUUGCAACAAAGAUCAACGAAUUGCCUUCAUUUGCUCCAUACGAAGGCUUCGACAUGGACAGGUCUAUUGCACAUCAAUUCAGACAAUUUGCACUUUCGAGGUGGAUAUCGGAAGGAAUCUUAGAUAUCAAACCAUUCAUUCCUCUCCAAGUUGCUUCAUAUGCGAAUAUGAUCGAAAUUGUUCGUAAAACAGCAACAUCAGUCCCAGAAGCAUUGCAUGAUCCUAAGACAAAUAUUGCUAAAACAGCACAAGGCGCAGUUUUAAGAGGAGAAUUGCUGCAAUUUAAUGAAUUCAUUGUUGAAGUGAAGAAGACAUUGUUAUCACCCGAGAUCAACAAAUACAUUGUUUCAUUCUCCAAGCGUGAAGUUCCUGCAGAUUGGGCUCAGCGAUCAGGAUAUUACCGAGAAGGUGAUCAUGAAGAUUUUGUUAAUUUCUUAUCGGAGAAAAGGAAAGUUUUAGGUGAUUGGCUGAAUCAACGAAAGUGUACAAGCAUUGAUCUCAAAUACAUCAACAAUGCAUCAGGUCUUCUUAACGCUUUCCUCCUUGAUGGCGCAAACUCUAAAGGAAUUGCAGCUUCUGCAGCAAUGCUCAAUUUCGAUAUCGGCGGAAUGAAAGUUUCACAGAACAUUUUGACCAUUACCGGAUUGACCUUAGUUGGUGGAAUUUGGACGGCAGAAGGAAUCUCAACAUCAACAGCUGGUUCUGCCAUUAAUCCAUUCCCAGAUAUCAAUGUUACAGUCUCUAAGAAAUCAUCGAGCACAGCUAAGUUAUAUCAAUGUCCAUUACUGAGGACAGUUUCAUCUCAGAAACGAAGUUAUCCAUUAAUUGAUGGAAACUCAAAUAAUAUUAUUAGUUAUAUCCCAGUUAAAUCACCGUCAACCGUUCAUCGACUUGUGAAUGACGGUGUUUCACUUAUUAUUUCACCACCUGUUUAUAUUGUUCCAGAAUCACAAUAA